AUGGGGUUAGUAGAUGAGUAUUAUAAGAAUGGUGCUGGAGGAGAGGUGCAAGUGUUCCGGGUGCGUCCAGAGAGCGUGGAGGUGAGGGAGGGGGAGGACGUCACCCUGAAGUGUGUGGUGGACAACCAGCAGGGGCGCGCCCAGUGGACCAAAGACGGCUUCGCUCUAGGGUUCGAGCGCCACGUGCCCGGCUACCCCCGCUACAGGUACCUGGGGGACCCGUCCAGGGGGGAGCACCACCUGAUCAUCAAGGGGGUCACCCUGGAGGACGACGGAGAGUACCAGUGUCAAGUGGGACCCACCAUGACCUCUCUUCCCAUCUGGGCCGCCGCUAAUGUCACCGUCAUGGUAUCGCCCGCAAGUAUCAGCGUGGAGGGUGUGGGUGACGGAGGCGAGGUGGAGGUGGUGGCGGGCGCCUCGCUCCUGCUGGAGUGUGUAGUGAAGGACGCCAGGCCCGCCCCCACGGUCGCCUGGUACAGGGACGCCAUCACUCUAUACCAAGGUAUGCACCAGGAGACAGUGGAGGCGUCUAAAUACCCACGAAGGUGGAGUGUCCGGAGCCGUCUGUUGCUGCACCCGGAGGCUGAGGACGACGGUCAGCAGUACUCCUGUCGGGCCCUUCAUCCGGCGCUCCACCAGUCUCCCACCACCCUCGUCGCCUCCGUCAACCUGGCUGUCUUCCAUCCGCCCGGCCCACCUGCCAUCACCGGCUACCAGACAGGGGAGGUGCUGGUGGAGGGGGAGCAGCGCCCCCUGGUCUGCCAGGUGGUUGGCGGGCGCCCCCGCCCUUGGGUCACCUGGUAUAGGCAUGGUCGCCCCCUCAACCUGGCCCUGACCCACCUGGCGAGGCUGCAGAACCUCACCACCACCACAGCUGCGCCCAGCAGCAGCACCAGCACCACCAGCAGCAGCAGCAGCACCCAGGGGCGGCCUCUCAGGGUGGUGAGAGUGAGACAGCUGGUGACGGCGGCGCGGGCGGAGGACGGUGCUGUGUACGAGUGUAGGGUCUCCAGCGAUCUCCUCCCUCAACCCCUCACCACCAAUGUUACACUCACUGUACACUACGCCCCGGAGCGCGUGAGUGUGUUGGGCCCAGCUGUGGUGACGACUGACCAGUUGUUCACCCUCACUUGUCUCACCUCACCUGCCAACCCUCCAGCCACCCUCGCCUGGCGCCUUCAAGGUUCAGAUGUGGCGCCCUCGGGCAAGGGCGUGGUGAGUGAGGAUCCUGACGGAGGGUGGGUGACGUCCUCCCGCCUCACCCACCACCUGCCCACUACCCACCAGGUCAGCCAGGCUACAGCUGAGUGUUGGGCGACCCACCCUGUCACCCACCACCCCCUCAACCACACCCACCUCAUCACCGUCAUCAAGCGACCCGGGUGGCCGGUGGUGGAGGUGCUGGUGACGGAGGGGCAGGAGGUGGUGGCCGGCGACCAGCUGGGUGUCCUCUGUACCUCCAGAGGCGGCAACCCUCCUCCAGUCCUCACGCUGUACAAGGGUGGGCAGAAGGUGGCGUCGAGGCUGGAGCAGGUGGAGGAGGGGGUGACGGAGGCCAGGGCCACGCUACACCUCGUCCCGUCGGACAACGGCCGCCAGCUCACCUGCGAGGUGUCCAACGCGGCCACCAGCACCCCCAUGGUCGCCCACACCACCAUCGCCCUCCGCUUCUCAGCGUGGGAGGUGUCUGGGUGGGUGAGCCCCAGCAGGGUCGAGGCGGGACAGGUCGUCUCCCUCACCUGCGAGACGACCUCCAGUGUCCCGCCCUCCACCGUCACCUGGCACUCCCCCCUGAGUACCCUGGAUCGCCCCACCGUCACUCACUCCCAGGGGCUCUAUGGAGGCACCGUCACCAGGUCUGAGGUGAGACUUCGAGUGACAGCUGCGGACAACGGUCGAGCCGUCGGCUGCGAGGCGGACAACGGUCUGGGGGCCGCCGUAGCCACCAACAUCACCCUCAACGUCCUGCACGGGGUGGUGUGGUUGUCUGCGCCGUUUGGGGUUAUAGACAUUGAAGAAGGGAGGAACCUCACCCUGAGAGCCCAUGCCAUCGCCAACCCCGGACCCGUGAGGUACAGGUGGUGGAGGGGACCUGGAACGGUUGGAGGACCUGACCACGACGGUGGAGGAGAACUGCUCCUUCCCAGGGUACACCGUCAGAUAGCCGGCAACUACACUGUGGUAGCCAGCGAUGACCACUCGGCUAUCAACUCCUCCUUCACCAUCAACGUCUUGUACGGACCAGAGGAUGUGUUGGCAGCAGAGCGAGUGGUGGUAGACGAGGACGGGGUUGCCACCAUACUGUGCUCUGCUACCGGCAAUCCUGCUCCUAACAUUACCUGGACUAAGGACGAUGACAACACCAGUUCGGUGACUUUACUUGCCACGGGCGAGGGGGAGGCUCGCUUAGUGGUGGAGUGGGCAUCCAGGGAAGAUACAGGCAUCUACAUGUGCUCUGCUUCCAACAUUGUGUCCUCUCCGCCUCCAGUCUUCACUGCUGUUGUUGUCACACAAGCCCCAGCAGCAGUGGCUGAUGACACAGGCGUGGCAGUGUUCGGGUCCCGGGCUGCCAUAGGACAGACAGGUCGUCUGGACUGUCGUGUCUGGGCAGCACCAUCACCAGUCUUCAGAUGGACCACUGCUGAUGGCCUAGUGCUCUCUAACAACAAAAAGUAUUCCAUCCACGUACCACAGUUGGUGGACACAGUGAUGGAGUGGUCAUCUCUACUGGAGAUCAGAGAUGUGAAUAAACUAGACUACACAAACUACAGCUGCACUUCUCACAACUCCCGUGGCUCCUACACAACUACCUUCAGCCUCAGUCCACCUCUUGUGCCCAGUAUUCCAAGAUCCUUGUUUGUGACAACCGUCUCCACCAACACUGCUGUCGUGACAUGGAGGAAUGACAACCACGGAGCCAAGCCUGUGGGCUUCAGAAUAAUGUACCGAGCUUCAAGUGCUCUUGAAUAUGAACUUGUGGAUGUCCCUGGCAGCAACUCGACCAGUACCACCAUCAAGGGCCUAACUCCUGGCUUUGAAUAUUCCUUUGCCAUUUCGGCCUACAAUGAAAGAGGCAACUCGGAUUACAGCUCACCGGCCAUAACAGUAUCCAUGCCUGGCAUGAUGGAAGAAGUAGUGAGUGGCAGUACUGUGGAUGGUCAGGAGUCUCGGGUUCCUCGCCUGAUCCUGCUCCUCAUCUCUCUUACUGGAACUGCCCUUCUUGUUCUCAAUAUCUCGAUAAUUGUUUGCUUUGUCAAACGUCAAGCCAUAAAAAGAAAUUUAUCAGCUUCUUCAAGCAAGACAACUACCUUAGAUGCUUACACACCAACAUUUGGAGGUGCUGCCCAAGGUGAUGAGAUGCCACUUGCCUCAAUGAGUGAUGUCCCUCCUCCACCAUAUAAGUCUAUCGAGUGUAAAACAAGAGCAGACGGCAGCAAUCAGUCCGAUGUAGUCAAUACACCCAUCACUGGAAGACCUCCAGAACCACAUGCCACACCACAAUCAAUAAAAAGUUCAAGUCCUUUACUGAAUGGAGGAAUUAAUGUACAGAAUGAUGGAAUUCCUCCUGAAAAGAAUGAAUUAAUUCCACAAAACACACAUGGUCUGCUUGCUUCCAGUAGCCCUCCAAAGCGAGAAAAUCAAAUUGUGAAAGAAAUCAAUGCAGCUGGCCAUUCUUCAAAUAACCCUGAUGUAUGCCCAAUGACCUCCAGUAGUCAUCAUUCUUCACUCCACAAGCAAGAAUUACUUAAACCAUACUCAGAAGAUCAAGUAUCUGUAUCAUCUGAGCAGAGCAGUGACUCGUAUGGUUUUUCGCCAGAUCACUCGCACCCAAACCUGGCUUCAUGUCACCCGGCAAGGCAAACCACACAAGUUAUAUUCCAUGGCCAGCCACACAUUCAGCAGCAGUUAGAACAACAACACAAGCAUUAUCAACAAGCCUUGCCAUAUUGCCAACAGUCACAAUUCCCAAAUGGAAGCCAACCUCAUAAGCAAGUGUCAUCAUUACAUUCGAGUCUAAAUCCUUCUCAGCUUUCAACAUCUACCCCAGGAUGUUGUGACAUCAACUGCAGACAGUCAUUAGUAACAGAUAUUCCCAUGGGAUAUGCUACACUUCAGCCUCGUAGAAGUUGCCUAAAGACAUCACAGUACAAUGCCCUCCAGCGCUCCCACUCGGCCCACAACUACACUCCCAGCAAUGCGCACUCUCUUCACCCACCUUUUAUUGAAAUGCAGACAGAUAUAUGUUGCCAGAAUAGUCUAUAUGGUAGCCCUCAGCUUCACACACCAGAGCCUCAUAGAAUUGUGUAUGGACAAGCACAUGAAUUUCCCGUGUAUUAUGCCAGAUCGAGAGCCAUUGAUAAAGACUGCACUAGACAUAACAGUAUUAGUGGACAAAUGGGAUCUCUGGGUGCUCCUUACCAAGAACCAAAGUGGUCUACAGUAACGCCUGAUAUUUGUAAAGUAGAUUCAUCAAGUACUAAAAGAGUAGGAUGGAAGGAAAUUCUCCAUGAUAGUCCAGGACGAGGGACAAUGGCCUCAAGAGGUUCCACUGACACAUCAACAUCGUCUACAACCUCCACCAUCACAUUAGGCCCAACAAGAUUUCCUCAGCACUGUGGCAGACAUGAUGCCUCAAUUAAUAGUGUACAAAAUGUAGAUGACCAGAGAUAAAAAGUAUGGAAGUACCAUACAUCUUUAAACAUGCAAGGGCAAUUGGUCCCUUAAUGGUUUUACAUAAACUCACAGGGUUGUACAAUAAGUAAUAAUUUUCUACAUGUUCUUAAGAUGGUGGAUACUUAAGAGUAUCUAACUUUUGUGCAAUAUAUUGAAAUACUAAAACAAUGGAUAUUAAGUAUAACUGUGUUUUAGAUGGGUUUUCAACUAGUACAAUGGUCAAAUAUUUGUACCCCAGCACUCGUAAAAGACUACUUUGAAAUACUAAUGGUUUGUUUUGCUUGUGAUUAAAUAGUUGAUCAAGAAUGUGUUAACAACUCUGAUGUGCCAUGUAUUCGAGCAAUAAAAAUUUUUGGACUUGCGUGCAAAUUAUAGAACUAACCACAUGUAGUACAGCAAACACCUGUUAAUUACUGUUCAGGUACAAUACUAGGUUUAUUACCUAGUUUUAGACAAUGGAAGUAAUACAUUGGUAUUUUUCAACCUCCCUGGUCAUACUUGAAAAUAUUUUUGCAAUGCUACUUAUGAAAAAUUUACUUUUCCAAAUUUGUGGUUAAGAAUUAGGUUCUUUGUAGGCUCCAAAACUUUUAACUUCAAUAGUAGAGUAGAGGGCCUAAUGAUUUUUUUUUUGUUAUAAAGUGGCUUGUGCAGAGAUGAACUUUCAUAGAUAGUCAAGGCCUUAACUCUGAAUUAUAUUUUAGCCCUUUGACUGCAGCACUCUUUGGAUCAUUUGUUUGCACCAUAUAUUUUUAUACCAUGGUUAGAAACAAAAA